CUUGAAUAUCUGUCAAAGAUCCAACACAGAAAUAGAUAGCGUUUCUCUCUCUCUCUUUUUUUUUUCUUUUUCUCUCUUUUUCUCUUUACACCGCUUGUGAAUUUGAAUUCCAAGGCGUGCCCUUAUUUUUUAUUUUUUCUUUUCGUGGACUUCAAUUGACCUUCACCCACCCCUUGCAUUCAUCCAAUAUUAUCAAGAAAAGAGGGAAAGACACUAGCACACAAGCGCAUUCCAUUCCUUCGCAGUCAGUCAGCCACCCCCGCCCCUCCCACCUCGCUUGUAUAAACCACAACAACACCAUUCACAAUGGGAAACAGUCAUAGUGCCAACAAAAGCAAAGCGAUCGACAAGCAAAUUAAGCAUGACCAAAAACGCUUGAACCGAGAAGUCAAAAUUCUACUGCUAGGUGCAGGUGAUUCCGGCAAAUCAACAGUGUUAAAACAAAUGCGGCUUAUCCACGCGUCUGGAUUCUCGCCUGCAGAACGAGAGGCGUUUCGACUCGUCAUCUUUGGAAACAUUCUCUCGGCUAUGCAGUCUCUGCUCGAAUGCAUGAAUGAAUUGCAAUACACCUUGGACAACCAAACAAACUGGGCAUACAUUUCACUGUUCGAGGCAUUGCCCAUGAUCAAACAUGGCACGCCUUAUCCGGGCGAGUACCUGCAACCCCUCAAAUCACUGUGGGCUGAUGGUGGCAUUCAGGAAACGUUCAAAAAGGGAAACACAUUUGCCCUGAAUGAUAAUGUGCAGUUCUUCUAUGAUGAUCUUGACCGAGUAUUCCAGCCCGACUAUAUGCCAACAGAUCAAGAUAUCAUUCAAUGCAGGAUUAAGACAACUGGUAUUGUCGAAACAACGUUCCGCAACGGUCCAAUAAUUUAUCGAAUGUGCGACGUGGGCGGUCAACGAAGUGAACGGAAGAAAUGGAUCCAUUGCUUUGAAAAUGUCGCUUCGGUUUUGUUUGUCGUAGCGAUUAGUGGCUACGAUUGUUGUUUGGUUGAGGAUCGUGAUUCUAAUCAGAUGUAUGAAGCACUGAUGCUCUUUGACUCGAUAUGUAACUCCAAGUGGUUUGUAAACACCUCCAUGAUCCUGUUUCUGAACAAGGUGGAUGUAUUCAAACGGAAGCUCCGAGAGUCACCUAUCAAAACAUACUUCCCAGACUACACAGGUUCCUCCAAGGACUACAACCAAGCAGCAGAUUAUUUCCGCAAACGAUUUGAAAUGUUGAACCGUAGCUCAAGAAAGCAAAUCUACGUGCACUACACCGUGGCCACCGAUACCCGACUAUUGGGUCACGUUAUGAACUCGGUUUCCGAUAGCAUCCUCCAUGAAAAUGUUCAAACUCUUUUACUAUAACCAUUCUCCCUAGUACAACAACCGCCACCCUUAUACACACACACACACACAAUGCGAACUGCAUCCCCAUUACUGUCCUUACUAAUUCAUUCUGGUCCUUACUAACCAACAACAACAACUACUAUUACUACUAACGACUACUAUUUCAUCUCCUCUUCUUUUGCUCGUUUGAUAUACCCCGCCCUCAUGAGUAAUCUAACACAGACACAUCCUUUUUUUUUGUAUAUUAUCUACUGCUAUUUAAAACUACUAUACAGCAUGUACGCCCACACACGCACACACACACACACAUACACACAUACACACAAACAUGCACAACCAUUCAUUCACUCACUUUUCACCAAAAACCCAAUCAAUCCUCA